AUGGUUGAUGGAGAGACUCUAAUCCAGAAGACAACCACUUCUCUCCUUUUAGAAAGCAGCAGAAUUGUGACACAUGAGUGUCGCUUGGUCUGUGAAAGCCAGAUGAGCAUGGUUACCUUGGGAGAGAAUACAAUGUGUGGAUUACGUGUGCUGUCUUUGGAAUUGGGUAGACUCAUGCUCAAAUCAUGUACUGGACAUAUCUCCUGGAACAUGCUACCUAAGUUCUUGGAGCUUUGGUCUCCUAGACCAGUGGUCGGCAAACUCAUUAAUCAACAGAGCCAAAUAUCAAGAGUACAACGACUGAAAUUUCUUUUGAGAGCCAAAUUUUUUAAACUUAAACUUCUUCAAAACAGACUCGCCCAGGCCAUGGUAUUUUGUGGAAGAGCCACACUCAAGGGGCCAAAGAGCUGCACGUGGCUCGAGAGCCACAGUUUACCGAUCACGGUCCUAGACUGA